UAGGUCCACCUCCCGUGGCAGGUAGGGCCAGCAAUGGGAAAGCGCGUUGAGUGCAAUAGAGACGAUUUGUAGACUUACCUGAGAGAUGAAGGACUCUCCGGGGGCGAUGGAGUUGGCAGGUGCAGUGAUGGAGAUUCACACCCAUCAAAGGCCACCUAUUUUAAGGUCAACAUUCAAGGGGCUCCUCUUACUUUCUGUGAUACUGAUUUCAAUCAGCUACCUGUCUGUAUACAAAGACCAUUUGUCAGAUUAUCUGCAGAGCAACACGUCUUUGAAACAAAGAAACCCGAUUUAUAGAGCCCCUCUUCCUCUGGAGCAUCCACAUCGAGCCUUCCUCCAGCACCACCUAGCUUUUCCGAGGAACUACCAUUUCAUCCUGGAUGACACCGACGUGUGUAGGUCCAACACUCCUUUCCUGGUUCUCGUUGUUCCGGUGGCCCCCGGGAAUAGGAAAGCUCGGGAUGCUAUUCGGAAAACGUGGGGCACCGAGACCCUUGUUCAGGGGGAGCUGAUCCAGACUGUCUUCCUCCUGGGUCUCCCCAGUAGAGGAAACAUCACAAAGCAGCAGGAGCACGUCAGCAUGGAGAACCUUCAGUACCACGACCUGAUCCAGAGCGACUUCACAGACAGUUACAACAAUCUGACUAUAAAGACCAUGGUGAUUAUGGACUGGCUGGCCACGCGGUGCUCAAAGGUGUCCUAUGCCAUGAAGAUUGACUCAGAUAUGUUCCUUAAUGUGGAGAAUCUGGUGAGCAUGCUAAAGUCACCAGGCAUCCCCAAGGAGUUAUACCUGACAGGAAUGCUGAUGUGGGAUAGGCCUGUCAUUCGCGAUCAGUCCUCUAAAUGGUAUGUUCCUAUGGAGAUGUACCCUGACCCUCAUUAUCCAACCUACACCCUUGGCAUGGGCUACCUCUUCUCCAUUGAUCUGACAAGCACGUUUGUGGAGGUCUCCAAAAGCAUUGAACCCUUCAAUAUUGAAGAUGCCUACAUUGGAAUGUGUAUGAAAAAGUUAGGACUCAGUCCCACUCAGCCCCCACAUCCAGACCAAUUUAGAGCUUACCUCGGUAAAUACAAUCGCUGUACCUUCUCUAAGAUCAUCACGUACAUUCUCGGCUCUUCUGAACAGCUGGUGACUUUCUGGACAGACUUAAAAAAGCCUGGCCCACCAUGUUAGCCCUUUUACAUAUACUGUAUAUGCCCAUUUCAUGGAUAACAUGAAGUUGAAUUGCCAAAGAAUUGCUAGAUAAUGUAACCCAUUUGUGUUAAUAUUAUUUUGGGAGUAUUUAUAUUGUUAUCCUUAUUGAAUUUCAUUAUUUUUUCAGUUGUGUUUUUAGCUGCUGACGAAUAUUGAAGCCCAAACUGAAUUCCUCAACGCAGAUAUUGUGUGUGUCACCGUCUGUCUGAAGCAACCCAAAUAUAUUAAAUGUGUCUUAAACA